AUGGCCAUGUUGCCAUCAGAACUUGUUUGCCCCUCCAAUGUAUCCCAGUUGGUGCCAUUGAGGCAGUUCACAGAUGACCCAAAGAACAACCCAACGCAGGUGCGAUUCAAGACACUCAAGGACCGGCGGAGAUUUGUGAAGGAGACUCUGAAGUUGAAGAUCGUAAAGGAUCUUGAUGGGCAGGAAUGUGUGCCUGUGCAUGACAAAACAUUAAUGUUGUCUGGACAGCGUGUCAGCGCAAAAAGAACAAGGGAAGAAGAGCAGGUAGACAGGCAUGCUAGCAAGGCUCGGUUCAAUGAAGUGCGCAAAGCCAUGGAAGACAUUGAGAAUGCUUUGAAGGAGGUUGCAGGUGGUGACGAUUCAGGCGAUGUGUCCGGCUCGUCUUCAGAUUCAGACUCUUCCACCAGUUCUUUUGGAACCUUGGAGGAGCCCAAGAAUCAGUCCUCCUCCGCGGCUGCAGGUAGUGCGGCCCCAUCUUCUGAGAAGAUUGAGAAGCCUGAGUCGAAUGACAAGACUGAGAAGGGUGAGAAGCCGAGGCAACCCAAGGUGAAAGCGGCUCCCGCCGCUACCGGCCCUACAAAGGAAUCCAAGCUCAAGGUCCGGAUUGACACAUCGCUGGCGAACCACCAGAAAACCCUUCAACAGCUGACCGAACUGACUGGAGAAGCCGUUUGGAAGUCCCUCAUUCGGGGCACUGAGCUUGACAGACGGCUGACCAAGGCCACUGCUGCUUUGGGAGACCUUCAAAAGAUUCGGGCCACUGACAAAAUAGAGAAAGCCCAGGAAGAUCGAGCGACCCAGCUUGAAGAUAGCAUGGCAGCUGCUUCCAAGCAGGCGAGUGCAUUGAAGGAAGCUUGCAGGCUUCUUCGUGGCAGUGAGCCUGCCACUCUUGCGACUGAGAUCCAUCAAGGCUCUGAGCUGUGGGCACAUGUGGAGGUUUGUGGGGAGAAGCUGAUCUCUCAGCCCAACAUUCUCAUGGACAUGAUUGCCUUCAGUGCCAGGAAAUUGGUUGAUGCACCUGGUUUGCAAGUGUCAAAAAAAGCUUUGAAGAAAACGGGUUGGGUCCGGGUAUAG